AUGAAGCUCGUUUGCAGCAGAGCAGCUCAAAUGUUCCUCGGAUCGAGAUAAUUUGCAAGAUGAAACGAAGGAGAAUCCAAACUUUACUUCUCUUGUUUCUUUGUGCCAGUAUUUUGCCAAUCUGUCGCUGCGCUCACGGGAAAUACGCUCAGAAGCUCCUGAACGACUUGUUCACCAACUACACGAGUGCGCUGAGGCCUGUAGAGGACACCAACACCAUCCUGAAUGUGACUCUGCAGGUCACGCUGUCGCAAAUUAUCGACAUGGAUGAGCGAAACCAAAUUUUGACUGCAUAUUUAUGGAUACGGCAAGUGUGGGUUGAUGCACACCUCAAAUGGAAUAAAGAUGAUUACGAUGGACUCGAUACCAUCCGCAUACCUAGUAGUUAUGUAUGGAGACCUGACAUAGUCCUAUAUAACAACGCUGACGAUCAUUUCACAGGCCCCAUGGACACCAACGUGGUGAUCCGACACGACGGUCAGAUAAUGUGGGAUUCCCCGGCCAUCACCAAGAGCUCGUGCAGGGUGGACGUGUCCUUCUUCCCCUUCGACGCCCAGCAGUGCAGGUUCACCUACGGAUCCUGGACGUACAACGGCAACCAGCUGGACAUCCUGAACGCCAUGGACAGCGCCGACCUGGCCGACCUGGUGGAGAACGUGGAGUGGGAGGUGCUCGGCAUGCCGGGGAAGAGGAACAUUAUUCUGUACGGCUGCUGCGCCGACCCGUACCCGGACGUGACCUACACGCUGAAACUCAAAAGAAGAGCCUCGUUCUACGUUUUCAACCUGCUCAUACCGUGUGUCAUGAUCUCUUUUCUGGCUCCGCUGGGCUUCUACCUGCCUGCUGACUCUGGAGAGAAGGUUUCUUUGGGCGUCACUGUCAUGUUGGCACUCACCGUCUUUCAGCUUUUAGUUGCAGAGAUCAUGCCGCCCUCGGAGAGCGUGCCGCUUAUUGGGAAGUACUACAUAGCAACCAUGACCAUGAUCACAGCCUCCACUGCUCUGACCAUCUUCAUCAUGAACAUACACCACUGUGGCCCGGACGCUAAGCCCGUCCCAAAGUGGGCCAAGACAGUCAUUCUGCAGUACUUGGCCAGGAUGUGCUUCGUUUAUGAAGUCGGGGAGAACUGCAUGUCGCCGCAGCCGGAGAAACAGGAGCCUCCGCCGGUGAAGAACACCAACUGCACCAUGAACGGUCAGGCAGGGCCAGGCAGAGAGGAGUGUGCCUUCAAAAUGGAGAAAGAACAAGAGACGGCGAUUGCAGAGGAAAGAGAGGACAUGGAUCAGAUGAUGAGCCCGAUCGGCUCGAUGGGGAAGAACCCGACCAGCCACUACAGCACCUGGAAGAACGGCGUUUUCAUGAGCAUGGACAACGGAGAUCCAGGGGGUCAGAGGAGAUGCAGGAAGGGAGGAGUGAGCGACGGGGAGAGAAAAGACAGAGAGAUUCCACCCUGCAGCAGCCAAAGCAACGAGAAGCAGCUGCUGCGUAACAUCGAGUACAUAGCCAACUGUUACAGAGACCAGAGGGCCACGCAGAAAAGGACUGGGGAGUGGAAGAAGGUGGCCAAAGUUUUAGAUCGCUUCUUCAUGUGGAUAUUUUUCAUAAUGGUGUUUUUAAUGAGCCUUCUCAUCAUGGGAAAAGCCAUCUAACUAUAGAACUCCUGCAAAGUCAAAUGGUGUACAUACCACAGAGAUUAUUACAUAGUUAGGGCAUUGUAUGAGAUAUUUCACAAAUCUGCCAACUAA